UGCGCCAUCCAAAUGUCACUUCAUACCAGUGGCAUUUCUGCAACAACUGUGCUUUUGUGACAUAUCUAAAUCUAUUAGUGAGUUAAACUUGAAGCAAUAUUUACAGUAAACUUAGGACUUAAGACAAUUUUACCUACAAAACAAGAUGAGCAAGAAACAGCCAACAAGACAACAAGGUGCAGUUUCUAAAAAGCCAGUGCCAGGUGGUUCUUCCAGUAAAGCUGUAGUUCCAAGGGGAACCAGAACUAUGGCACCGAAGGGUAUGCCGGGUCCCAUAGCCAUGAAAAAACAGGAUGGAAUGUUGGUACCUGAAGGUUAUACUAUGAGAAAGAUAGAACCAGCCAAGAAUUAUGAUGUUGAAUCAUUUGCACGUGCCAUGAACCCAGACUUUGCCCCACGAUUGAAGCAGUUAUUUGACCCAGAGACAGAGGCGGCAGUACGGGCGCAAAAAACAGGUAUCUAUAUUGGUUGGAGAUGUCCUGACUUCAAGCAUGACUGUCAGAGAGUGAAUGACAUGUCCAAAUGUUUCUGUGGUCAUCUCUUAGGUGAACAUGGCAAAUAUACAGGAAAGAGUGUGCUGGUUCCCUGUAAGCAGGGUGGAUGCAAGUGUAAAGGGUUUGCCUGGAUCCCGUCUCGAGCAGAGGAUGUUGGUGAAUUUUGGAUGCAGCGGAGGAGAGACUUUGACCCGUCUACUUGGAGAGCUAAAUGUAAAUGUAAACACACACAUGAGCAACACGAGUCUGCAGGAAUGAGGAGAUGUAAAACAGGUUGUGGUUGUGGCCAUUUUAUCUCCAAUUUUCUGUGUGCGGCCUGUGAUAAACAUUGGGAGGACCAUGAAACAUUCUUUGAGACAGAAGAUGUUCGAGUUGCAAAUGGGCUUCCUGUUGGAGAAAUGUAUUUGCCGUUUGCUGAGAUGCCCCACCUACGUAACAUUGCUCUGACUGGAGACGAGGAGGAUGAUUCUCGGUACCUGGCUCUCACUCAGGGUGAGGGUUCAAUACCCAGGCAGAAACAGAUCACCAGUGGAAAUAAUGAUCCCUUCCCAGCUCCAGGAGCCAACACAAAAUCGGGUUUCAAACCCGUUUAUGACUAGAAUGAAAUUAUGUGGAACCUGUUCGAAAAAAAAUCUGAAAUAAGCGUGUUAGGCUAUAGUUCUAUACAUAGAGCUUUUAGAAUACCGGUAUAUUUCUCUCUGAACUUCAAGGUCAGGGGGAAUGCAGACCUGCUUUGUUGGCCACUGCUAUAAUGAGAACAUAUUCAGAAAGCUUUGUCUUAUGAUAUAAACUGUACACAUCUUAAAGUAUGCAGCCUUGCCUGGUAGGCUGUACAGGAAGAGCUUCAUGAUACCUGUACAGAGAGUGGUUAUAAGUUUAAUGCUCCUGAUCUGUGACAGUAUGUAAGAGUAUGUGUUAAUAAACUCUGUUGCAAUAAUGGGAGUCAGAUCAAACAAAAUGAUAGCAAGUUUCAGUGAGGUUUGAUAAUGACAGCAGUUUCAAAACCUUUAAAUACUACUAUCACUUUCCUUCUAAUCUAAAAACUUAUGUGUUUUAAGUAUGUGUUCAGAAACUGUUCAGUUUUAUUUUUCUUCUGUCUGAAAAUAUGAAAAAUGACUUGAACUGUAAUUACUGUACUAUUUAAGAUUUUCUUUUCAAAAAUGUACUGUUAAAUCUCUGAAUUUUUUUGUCUAAAUUUAUGUUGUUGUUUUUUUCUGAAGAAGAAUUUUGUUGAGUGUUCAUAAAAUACCGUCCAUAUGUCAUUGAAUGUGAUAGCAAAUUAUAAAUCUGUGAUAAAAUUUAUUUAUGUAUGUAACAGUGGAGUCUAGUUAAGUGGAGAAUUAACUAAUGUGAUGAAUGAAUCCAGUUUAAUUGAGAAUUAACUAAUGUGACAGUUAAGGCAAAUUUAAUGGAGAAUUAAAGGAUGUGACAUGUGACAGUUGAGACCAAUUAAAUUAAUAGGAUGCACAAAAUAUUUAUCCCUAUGUACUACUUAUAGGCUAUGCAUUCCAUAUGAUCCAAACAAUGCUAGAACUAUUUAGAGUAAAAUGAUUUAAUCUUGUAUUUCUGAAACAUAUUAUCACAUGUUUGACAUUGCAGGAGUGAAAUACAGCCUUUACAUAAAAUUGAUAAUUCACAAGUGUAAUAAGGCUUUGAUAUCAUCAUCAUUUAAAGUAUAGGAGACAUUGGUCAAAUUGACUUGUUUAUAAAAGUUAAAGAAAGUAGAAUUUUUGAUGUUUCAGCAGAAAAAGCUUCAUGUGGUAAAAAGAAUAUUUAACAUUUAUGACUUUCCACAUUGAAUUUAUUAACUUGUUGAAUAAAAUCGAUAAAUUGCUCUCAGCAAGGAUGAUAGGAACAACUUGGAUAAAAUAAUAUUUUCUUUAUAUAGUAUAAUCUUACUGAAUAGUCUGUCAACAUUUGAUUAAAACUACUGGGACUGAGCACUAAUAGUUUUUAUUAUUGGCUAGCAAACCAUUUUUAAGUGUUUUUUACAUGACAUUAGAAAUUUCAAAGAUUAUUACCUUCACUUUAAUUAAGGCCCAUGUUGAGCUACAGACUGGUCAUAAGCUUUAACUAUGGACCAGCAAUUUAUAUAAGGAGUGAUGUAAUAAUAUAUCCUUAUUGUAUUGCUUGCUGAUCGAUAGUAAACACAUUGAAUAGCUUUGCCAGUCAAUUGUUAAAACUAUCGCCUGAGGAGUGAGGUCAGAUGGUGUUUUCUUACAUGGCAGUAGAAAUUAAUUUUACAUGUUUUAUUUUUAAAUGUUUGACUAAUUGUCAGUAAAAGAUCAUCUCAAAAUUGCAGUUUUUUUUUAAAACAACUUCAUGAAAAAUGUCUAAAAAGCAAAAAGAAUUGCAGAAAAUCCGAUUUUUUUCCACAUUUAUUCCAACAGUACAAACAACACUUGUUGAUAAGUAUUAAAGAUCUGUUUAUAUACGAUUUAUAAAAAUAUAUACAUUUUACUUGAUGCUAUGUAUGUUUUCUUUUCAGUCAUAAAACAGAGUUUUAAAUUUCAUGAUUAUGCACAUGUUAAAAAACCUGCUAAAAAUUUGACUGAAUUAUUUAAUAAUUUAAUUCAUUAUCCAGCUACUUUUAUGCGUCAUAAUAACAAGUACAUGUACAUUGAAACACCUGGUACUCUAGUAUCAGUGGCUGAAGCGCCGGGACUGACUGUAGCGAUUUAAGCAUGCCCAGGCUGUUUUCUUCUAUUUUCCAUGUUUUGAUCUCUGUGAACCCUAGAUAAUUAGAGCAUUUUGCUCUUUCCCCUCUGUGACGAUUUGAUAAAUGACAUUGUUUCUGAAAUCAUUCGUCCUCCAUCUCUGAUUCAUGUGGGGAAGUUGGCACUUACUUGCGGAGAACAUGUUAGUACUGGUGUAGAAUCCAGGACCACUAGUUAACUGCCUGCUGUUACAUAAAUGAAACACUGUUGCAAAAUGGCGUUAAACCCAAAAGAAACAAACAAACUCUUUCUCUGCUGACUUCAGGCAAUCAAUAUUGUAGUAUUUUUUGAAUGUGUAGAACUAAAUUUUGUCAAAACACUAAUAAAUUUAUAAUAUUGUGACACCUAAGAUGCAUCAUGUUAUUAAAAUACUGGUAUGAAGUCCUGUAAGUACAUAUUCCAGUACAAGUUAGCUCUCAAUAUACAUGCUCGUAUUCAUGUGUGGUGCCGUUUUACUUUAUAUACAGCUUUUUUUUAAAUACUAUAAUUAUGUAGUUUAUAAUUUAUUAAGUUUGUACAGUCUUUGUUUUAUUAUUCUAUUUCAACAUUGCAAGAAGCACAAUAAAUUCUCAAAAUAUU